AUGGAACUGCCCGAUGAGCUUUACCUCGAGAUCUUCUCACAUUUGCCCCAGCACCACCUGCGCUCAGUAUCUCAAACAUGUCGCGCUUUUGCGACCAUUGUGAGGCCGCUGAUGUUCGCCACCAUUCAUCUAGAUGGCUCCCCCCAGAGCAGAUUUGGCAGGAUGGAGAAUGAUGAGUGUGUCAUGUACCCGGGUCGUUCACGCACGGUAGAGUUGGUUUCUUUGGAAAGUACCGUGAAUGAGCUCAUUGCGCACGACAUUGCGCGGCAUGUUCGGAAGCUCAAGUUCAGUCCCAAAUAUUACGUAGAUGGGUUCUGGUCGAGAUAUCGCCAUUGGCUAGAGCGUGAGCAAGAUUACGAGGAAGACUUUCAUCGAAUGUAUGAUGAAGAAGACUUUGAGACAGACUCUGAAGGUGAGUAUGCCGGAAUGCGUCGUCUCGCCGCGGAACGACUAGCAAGGCCCGGUAAAGAGCGCGAAUUGAUCGAGCAGGCGGAAGCGAUCUGGGGCGCCAAGGUGGAGGAGCAGCGCGAGAGGGCAGACGCGAUUCUAGCAGCCAUGGUCAAGCUCUUCGCACAUAUGCCGUGUCUGAAAGCUAUCGAAGUCCUAGACGAUGAAGUGGACGAGCAGUUCUCUGGAUGCGGCACGACCUGGAAGCACCUUGAACUCCUCAGCUCCGCCGUCCAAGCGUCGAACAGCCGCAUCCAGAGUCUGGUUCUCCCCAAGAUUGAUCCAUCUUCAAUCACGACAAGUGCCGCCUUGGAACACAUGUUCAGCUCUCUCACUGCACUUUCUUUCAACGCCGAAAGUGUGGACUUCAUGCUUGACUCAUACAGCAAGGAAGCUGAAUUCCUCACUGCCUUGAUUCGUUGCUCAUCGGAGACGUUACAAACAUUCGAGUUCCGCAACAUGACUACAUCACAUCCCCAACUACCGGAUGUGGGCGAGCAUAAAAUCGCAAGGCUCUUUGGUAGCGUCAGUACCACCGACUCAACAGACAUCAUACCGCUAGUCUUUCCGGCCUUGACAACUUUGAAGCUACGAAGUUUGGUCCUGGACACACCGUCUCUCAUCACAUUUCUCUCCCGACAACCGCAAUUGCGAUAUGCUCGCUUCGACUACAUCUAUCUCGCUACCAUAGGGUACAGAUGGAGCGAUGUCGCCGAAAAACUGCCGUCAUCGUGCAACCGACUAUAUAUUGGUAACAGUGGGCACGAAAAGUGGGGGCCAGACUCGCCCGCAGCGUACAACCACAUCAAGAAAUUCUUACCGUUUCAAGACGAUAUGCCGGCUACAUCAGGUUGGCGACUCAAUGAUGCCGCUUUUCAAAACGAGAUGGAUGAUGAGAUUCAACGAAAUAUGGAUGGCGGAAUGAGGUUUUUGCCACAGGAACGCUGGUUUCAGGGCAAAACCAAAGAGGAAUGGGUGGACAUGAUGCGAAUGGCCAGUGAGCAUGCAGAGUUUGAGAGAACUUGA